UUCUCAGGGGCUUUACUUCUUCUUUACUUCUUCAAUUACAAUUCCCAACUUGUUUUGGCACAACAUUUGCACUCCACAUUCUUGAGCACCCAUUACCUAAAAAAGAGUGUCUUCCAUCCUGGGCUUUUUCUACCUGCUUCUCUGGGUUAUGGUAAAUAGGAUAUAAUCUCUUACCAUCAGAUAUGGGAUCUGGAAAUUGGUUCAAGGCAUUAACCAGCUUAAGGAAAGCAAAAUUUGGCAGUUCAAAACGAGUGAAGGGAUCCACCAUAAACUUUGCAAAUGGUACAACAAAUAAAAAACUUGGUUCCCUUGACAUGCCAGUUGAAGAUAUAGCUGCAAUACGAAUUCAGACUGCUUUCCGUGCACAUGUGGCUAGGAAAGCUUUACGCCGUUUGAAAGGGAUUGUAAGAUUGCAAAUGCUGACCCAGCAAUACCCUGUUAGAAAGCAAGCUACAACUACAUUGAGUUAUCUGCAUUCAUGGAGCAGAAUACAGACUGAUAUUAGAACUCGCCGGCUCUGUAUGGUAACUGAAGGAAGGAUCAAACAGAAGAAAAUAGAGAAUCAAAAUAAACUCGAGGCAAAACUUCAUGACAUAGAGGUUGAAUGGAGUAGUGGCUCUGAGACCAUGGAUGAUAUACUUGCAAGGAUAUAUCAGAGGGAAGAAGCAGCAGUUAAGCGUGAGCGCGCUAUGGCAUAUGCGUUUUCUCAUCAGUGGAGGGCCAAUUGUAGUCAGAGCCAAAGCUUGGGAAGUUAUGAACUUGGCAAAGCUAACUGGGGUUGGAGCUGGAAGGAACGCUGGAUUGCUGUUCGACCAUGGGAAAGCCGUGUCCAGUCAGCUAGCCCAAAGAAAGUGCAGGCUAAGCAAGCUAGCAAAGUUGGCAAGAACAUAAAUUCACCAACGUCAAACACUUCGGCUAUAGUUAAACUCCCUUCACCAAAUGGUAAGGGAACUCCAAGAGCUCGGAGAUUGUCUUACACAUCCAAUGAAGAAAAACCAGUUCCACAUGCAGAGGGCGUUAAAGCAGAAUAGGCAAACAAUCAGAAAUGAACAUUUAAAUUUGACUUGUUGGUUCUGAGCCAAAGUUAAAAAUUGAUAAGAAUGUCUUCAGCAUUAUAUCAGUUCAAAUGCAGACUUGCAGUGAAAUGAGGGACGGGACACUUUUCAGUGUACAAGGUCAUUGCUGCUACAAGGAGUGGUGUGGAAGUUAUAAGCUUCGGCGUGCAAUAUAGGAUUCUCGAACAGGACCUGGAUUCAGGACUGACCAGGGCAUUUUCUUCAUGUUAAUGUAUAUGUUUAAAGGAAAAAGAGUAUUGUAUUUUAUUUAUAUAUGU